UUAGUGAUUUUCGCAGUAUUUAUCUUCUCUAUUACCAUCUCGGAGUUGGUCAUGUCUCAGAGCUGUCCAGCAAUAUAUCGACGACUCAGCGAAAAUCAUUCUUAUUGCAUGUCUUCAACAUGCAAGGUGAUAGCAGGAGGAAAAGUUUCGGAGAGUGAUAAACAAACAAUAUUAAAAGUGCACAAUGAAUUAAGAAGUAAAUUGGCAACUGGAAAGGAAACUCAAUAUCAAAAAUUGCCCUCUGCCUCUAACAUGAUGCAAAUGGAAUGGGAUGAUGAAUUAGCAGCUAUAGCUCAAGCCCAUGCAAACCAAUGUAACUAUGAACACGAUUCUGGAGAUCAGCGUGCAGUAGGAAACUUUAGCGUUGGACAAAAUCUCCUUCAAUCAACCGAAACUUUAUCUAUAAAUUGGAAUGCAGUUAAAAUGUGGUACACUAGCGAAGUAAAAUAUUUCCAUCCAGAAUACAAUAAUCCCUUUCAAUAUCAAAAACCUUACGGCCAUUUUUCUCAAGUUAUUUGGGCAAAGACGUGGAAAGUCGGAUGUGGUGUAGCCGGAUAUGAAGAAAAUGGUGUCAAAAAGGUUCUGUAUACUUGUAACUACGGACCGACCGGAAAUUUGGGUGGUUCAGAAGCGUACCAAGUAGGAUCUGCAUGUUCUGCUUGUCCUAAAAACACUAAAUGUUCCGAUACUUAUCCGGGAUUAUGUAAAUCUAUUACUUCCGAUGGUCCUCAACCAAGUCGACCUUCUUCUAGUGACUAUUUACUUUAUUGCGAUUUUAGUAAUGAAGAUCCACAAGCAUGUAAAGACGUAAAGAUGACUGGAUCGAGAUCGUUCUCAACUGAAAAAGUUUAUACAGGAAAGUAUGUAACCGCGGUGUUUAAUUCUGGCGAAAAGAUGACAAUAAAUUUUGGAAAAUUCCAACACAAAGAUGGAUUAUGUGCAUUUUUGAUUGGAAGAUUUGGUCCAAAUGUAGCGGGUGAAAAAGCGGGAUCAUUUGUAAGUUACCAUUUUGCUGCUCCCGGUUUGAUUUUCCCAGAUGGAAUGAAAGAUACCAGAAUUUCUUCUUCUUGGCAUACUAUUGGAAUUUUAAUGCAAUCAGAUACAGAAAUGGAGGUAACUUAUACUUUUGAAGUUAACGCCGGUGCUCCUCCACAAUACUUCGAAUUUAAAGAAUAUGGAGUUAAAGGAGGAAAAUGCCCUUAACUUUAUUAGUAUCUCUUAUAUUUUGACUGUGUAAUAGGUUUAUAUGGUAUUUUUAAAAAAUAUGUU